AUGAAGGAAAGGUGUCUUCCACUAAACUUUCGGAAAGACGAUUUGAAGGGAAUUCACAAGGAUCGAAUGAAAAUUGGAGCACGUCUGGCUGACGUUGAUCCAAUGCAAACAGAUUGUUCAGUACGGUUUGAUGGUGUGGGUGGUCUUUCUGACCACAUUUCAGCUUUAAAAGAGAUGGUCGUUUUUCCUUUGCUUUACCCAGAAGUCUUUGAGCGAUUCAAAAUUCAACCUCCAAGAGGCUGUCUCUUCUAUGGCCCUCCAGGGACUGGGAAGACACUGGUUGCUCGUGCACUUGCUAAUGAAUGUAGCCAAGGUGACAGGAGAAUAGCCUUUUUUAUGAGAAAAGGUGCCGACUGCCUGAGUAAAUGGGCGGGGGAAUCUGAACGACAGCUUCGUUUAUUGUUUGAUCAGGCCUACCAGAUGCGACCUUCAAUUAUUUUCUUUGAUGAGAUAGAUGGUCUUGCUCCUGUGCGGUCCUGUGAACAAGACGAAAUCCAUAGCUCUAUUGUAUCAACACUUCUGGCACUUAUGGAUGGGUUAGACAGCAGAGGAGAGAUUGUGGUAAUUGGAGCCACCAACAGGCUGGAUUCUAUAGAUCCUGCUUUACGAAGACCCGGACGGUUUGAUCGAGAGUUCCUCUUCAGCCUGCCAAAUAAAGAGGCUAGAAAAGAUAUUUUCAAGAUUCACACACGAGACUGGACCCCUAAGCCACUGGACAUGUUUCUUGAAGAGCUAGCUGAAAAAUGUGUUGGAUACUGUGGUGCUGAUAUUAAAUGCUUAUGUGCUGAAGCUGCCCUCUGUGCUCUGCGCCGCCGCUAUCCUCAAAUAUACAAAAGCAGUGAGAAACUGCAGUUAGAUAUUGCUUCUAUUAAAAUAACAGCGAAGGAUUUUGUCAUGGCUAUGCAGAAGACUGUUCCAGCUUCACGGAGGGCUGUGGCUUCACCUGGGCGAGCACUAUCACCUAUUUCAAAACCACUGCUUGAAAACACACUAGCAAGAAUUUUACAAGCCUUGCAGAGAGUAUUUCCCCACGCAGAGCUUGCUCUAAAGAAGGGCCAACAGCAAGGUAUAACAAUAGUAGCUGCUUCUUUAAACUUCUGCCAAAGCAAAAACUUCCGAUUUGUGCAAUCAACGUACAGAAACCUCUCAGCCAUAAUGACAUUUAGCAGAAAUGCUUAUUACCAGCCAACAUCUUGCAGGCCACGGUUCUUACUAGUUGGAGAGCCAGGAUACGGGCAAGCUUCUCAUUUGGCACCUGCAGUAAUACAUGCCCUGGAAAAGUUUCCAGUCUAUACACUAGACCUAUCUGUUCUGUUUGUUAGCAUCACAUCAUCGGAAGAAACAUGUGCACAGUUGAUGCGAGAAGCACAAAGAACAGCACCAAGUAUCAUUUAUAUUCCACAUAUCCAUUUGUGGUGGGAGGCUGCUGGAGCUACAUUGAGAGCUACUUUUACAACACUACUGCAGAACAUUCCAGCAUUUGCUCCAGUUUUGCUGCUUGCAACAUCUGAUGUGUGUCAUGCAGAUCUCCCAGAAGAGAUAAAAGAAUUGUUUAUUAAUGAUGAUGAAGUGUUCAAAAUCCAGUUGCCUAAUGAGGAAGAAAGAAGAACAUUUUUUGAGGACUUAAUUGUAAAUCAAACUGCUAAACCUCCUGCAUCAAAAACUAAGACAGCUUGGCAGACAUUGGAAGUACUGCCUGUAGCACCACCGCCUAAGCCUCCACAGCUGACAGAGGAAGAAAUAAGACAGCUGGAGGAGCAGGAGGAGGAUAUAUUGCGUGAACUGAGGAUUUUCUUAAGGGAUGUGACUCGUAGACUUGCCGGUGACAGACGUUUCAGAGCAUUUACAAAGCCUGUCGACCCAGAGGAGGUACCUGAUUAUGACGCAGUUAUUAAACAGCCCAUGGACCUUUCGGCAGUUCUCUCGAAGAUUGACUUGCACCAGUACCUAACUGCAGGAGAUUUUCUAAAAGACAUCGAUCUAAUCUGCAGCAAUGCUUUACAGUACAACCCAGAUAAAGACCCUGGAGAUCGUCUCAUUAGGCACAGAGCUUGUGCUUUGAGAGAUACUGCAUAUGCCAUCGUGAGAGAGGAAAUGGAUGAAGAUUUUGAACAACGCUGUAAAGAAAUUCAAGAAUCUCGCAAGAAAAGAGGUUGUAGCUCUUCAAAGUAUGCUCCGCCUUACUACCGUGUAAUGCCAAAGCAGAACUAUGUUCCUGGCUGUGAGAAAACAGACCCAAAGUGUAACGAAAAGAUGAAGAUGCCAGCAGCGCCUGUAGAUUCCAGUACACCGUGCUCUGAAGGACUAGGAAUUUUGCCAUUGACUUCACCCAUGCGCUUUGUGCAGUACUCCGUCGAUACAAAGAACGAGAGAGACUGUAUUCCAGGCACAGGACACUUCACUGAUACUGUAUUCCCGAUAAACAGGCCGGUGGCCGCCGGCGUCUCCUCGCCCUUCGGCCAGGCGAGGUGCCGGCGCGCAGCGGUUGCGCAGGUUGGGAGUUCUCGGGUGGCAGGGACGCCCUCACAGCCCGCUCCUUCGCCACCAAACUUCGGCUCCGCGCUAGACCGUCCCGCCACGCACCCAGACGGCUUUUAA